GAAAGAGAUCGAUUCACAGAAUGUGUAAAGCGUGGCUUAUCUCGUGCUUUAUUGUCGUGCAAGUAAUAAGUACUGAAGGUGAGAUGAGAAACUUGCUCUGCUGUUUACAUUUAAUUUCUGGUGACCUGAGGGAUAAAUUUACAUGAACAGUGGUUCUGAUCAACCUUUCGUGUACAUGUUUAUAAGGAAAAUGUUAUCAAAUUUUGUUGCUUGGAAUUUCAAUGUAUUCUUAAACCAACCAUUAAUUGUGGCGUGAUUUUCAACUUCCUUGUCGAUGGGUUCAUGAAGCACAAUUCCCUUAUAACAUGAGGUUGAUUCUAACUUACGCGUGCUGAUAACAAAGAUAAAUUUGUGCAUGCAGGCUUCUUCUGCCUCAACUCCAAAACAAAAAGAAAUUAACGCGCACUUUUUUAAGCAGUCUCCUAAGCAAUGCAAUUCAAGAAGACCUUUACGGAAAAAGUGACGAGAAAUUGCAGUUUCGAAAUACAGAAAUAAUUUCCAUAUAUCUCCAAUUAUGUCACCGGUGGAUGUGAUGAAGGCAUGCCCUUGUCACUUGCCGAACUUAACAUCUUUCACUUUAAUCACCGGUGGCAAACACCCAAAUAUUCUUAUCCUGAAGUCCAUGACAGGACAAAAACGUACAUGUAACAAAAUUGUGCAUUGACUCUCUAAUCUUAGCAUUAUGUCUCGCGAGAUGUUUGCUGGUGAACCAUCUAAACCAUCCUGAAAAAAAAAGGGGAAAAAAAUGUUUCUGUUUUUUUUUUCUUGGGGGGGUUUAACUGGCAAAUCGAUCUACUCUAGACAAUUUGUUCACAGACAUUUAAUACCUCUUAAAUGCAAGACGAGAAAAAAAAUCACUCCUCUCUUGUCCUGUGUCUUGUCAGUGCUGCUUUGUCUUUUGAGCUGAAUAUACCAAUACAUGUUACUAAGAAAAGAUAACAAACUAAACAGCAUUGAAAAAGGAAAACUGGGGUCAGGAGGAGUAGGAUAUAUUAGUUCAGGUUGAAAACAAGGGUAGAUUUCCAUUAGUUAUAUAUCUCUGUCUACAGUUUUGGUUGUAGCUCAGUUAGCAAUCAGUUGUUUGAAAGCCAAUUAGCACUAAUCCAAGGUUAAAUUUUUAAUUCAAGUUUUGUUAUCUCUUUAUUCAAGAGUAAUUUUCUCUAGUCUUUUUAAAAUAUCCAAUCAUCAAAUUGCAGACUAAAAGAAUUAAAAUGAAUUUUCUUUGAAAACUUUCAGAUAUGAAAUCAGAUCUCACACUAACCCAGUGGGUCAUCUUAAGCCAGCUUUGAACAACCUGGUCCUGACAUAACAGUCAGGAGCGGCAAAAUCAUGGGCUGGAAUGCUUCAUUUACACCUCUAUUUUUAAUUUGAAGGUAUCAAACUGCAUCUAAAGUCAAACAAGGACAGAGUUCAAAUUAAUGAAACUACACAUUUUGAGUUUACAGUAACAGAAAGGUAAUAUUGCUAUUGGUUAAUACUUCACCUACAGUAUUAAACAGUUUCAUUGAUAAUAGUAAUAUAUUUAAUUUUAUAGGUGAUAUCGAUAUGUUAUGUUAUAAUAAUUGUUAUUUACUUCGUCUAAGACUGAAGACUCUUGGCCAGGGCUCAAACCCAGAAGUUUCAGUCUUGAAUGUGGUGCUGAGACUGGCCAAGGCUCAAAUCUAGAAGUUUCGAUCUUGAAUAUGUCAUACCAGCCAUUGAUCAGGCCACUAAAUUAGUCUGUAAUUCUUAAAAGUAGUAUGAUUGUCUCCCUAUGUGUCAAAAUGGAGAUUCCCUUGAUUGGUAUUCCUAAGAAUCUUCCAUGAUUCCUCCAUCCAUUUACCAUGUACCUUCUCCUUUUCAAGUGAUUGUCAAGGAAGGCAUGCAAUGUAAAUUAAAUGUUUACAACUUGUCAAAUGGCUUGUUUACCUCAUGGGAUGCUUUCAAAACUGUGUUUUCUCCUUUCCUUAACAGUGGUAAAGCAUCGUCAAAUGUUACCAUAGUGGUAAUCAUAAAUAAUACCAAGCCAGAAAUAAUUAAGGUGCCCAAAAAGGUGAGCUUACAAGGUAGCUUUUCCAAACACAUCACAGACUAACUCUGUUUAACCCUUUCACUGCUAAGAUCUCAUUAGUAAUUCUCCUUACCGUUUGCCAUACAAUUCAUUGGAUGUUAGUUUUGAGAAUUUGGUUUUGGAUCAACUAAUAAUCCUCUCAUAGAGCUUUGAUCUCAUCACUUGUUUGCUUGAUAUUGUAUUGAUAUUGUAGGGAGGAAUUAUAUCUUGCAUGGUCACCCAAGGGAAUAGUCCAUUUUAUAGUUGCAUGCUUGGUAGUAAGCAGUAUUCUUAACAAUUACCCAACAUUUGAACCAUUGAUAACAAUUAUACAAUUGUGAAACACGAUUAAUUAUAUAUAUACCAGAUAUCCUGGUGUGGGUUAAUUUCUUGCAGAUGUCAAGAAAUGGAAGGAUGGGAGGCGGGGGGCGGGGGGAGCUUUAUACAAUGAGAUUACAUGUACACAACUGAAUGAACUAAAUUUUAAUCCUAUUAUUUCCAAAGGUUCGUGUGCACUCAUUAGACAAAAAGCAUUCAGUAGCCAUUAAAGGGAUUGGAAUUGGAAAAGCUACUAUUUUAUGUCAUGUGCAAAAUGAGACCAAUCGAGACAGCCAUUUUAGGUAUGUUGACUAUCUGCGUCAAAUAAAUGGUGACAUUCAUUCUUUUUAAAUUUCCCUUUGUUCAGAUAGAUGAACUGUUGAAAUUAAUUGCAUGUUUUGAAUUUCUUUCUUGAUUUUAGUUUGGAUAUGAGAGUAGUGCACUCCAUGCCUCUGUAUAUAAUCAACCAAGUGAUUGGCUGGUUGUAUUUUGUGGCAUGGUCCAUUUCAUUUUACCCUCAGGUAUUGAAGAUUGCAAUAUUAUAUCAUAAAGUUAUUGGUUAGGACUUCAAUUAUUUAUAAUGGAUAACUGGCGGGUCUUAGUUUAAAGAAACCUUUUGAAUUUGUAAUAAAACUGUUGUUUGAAAGUCUAGGCUUGGAAAGAUAUUUGUCUGGAAAGUGUAGAACAGAAAUACAUAUGUAUGCUCUGGCCAAUUAUUCCUGAAAGAAUUAUUGCUUUUUUGCAGGCUUUUCUCAACUGGAAGAGGAAAAGGUAACUUUUAUAUAUAGCCAUAUAUCCCUUUCACUUCCAAGAUCUUGCAAGCAAUUCUUUUUAUACUGUCUACCAUAUAUUUCUUCUAGUAUUAAUUCUGAGGAAUUAUUGUUGGAUCAAUAAAAUUUAAUAUUCCCAUAGUUGAUAUUCUUCUUUCUUCUUUUCACAAAUUGUCUGCUUGAUAAUGAAUUGAUAUUGUAAGGAGAAAUGAUGUCCAAGUCCUUUUUAAGAUUAUUAUCAUGGAGCAAUCAAGAUCACAGAUAAAGAAAACUUUCCCAGUUCCCAGGAAGUAGCAUGAAAAGGGCAUAUCCCUUUGUGAUUCCUCAUAAAUAGAAAAAAAUCAAAUCUUCCUUCUACUUUUACAAGUUAUCAGAAAUGUUUGGUAAGGCAAAAGUGUUGAACUCUCUUUUGGUUAUAUUUCCAGCUGAGCUUUUUAAUUGACUUUUUUAAAUCUUUAAACUCCCGUGAUUGAUGGCUAGACAGAAUUUCUCCUUACAACAUCAAUCCAUUUAUUGAGCUCACAAGGAAUGAAAGUAAAGAAAAAUAUCAAUUAUGGGACUAUUAACUAAUAUUGAAAUUGUAUCGCAGAGAGUAAAUUUCUAAUUGUCUAUAGUGAAAGUGAGACUAGGAUUAAAUUUCUGGAACAAGUUAUGAGACAGUGAAAUGGGUGUAACAAGAAUUAGGAAGGAAUGGCCUGUUUGAGUUGUAGAAUCGACUUUGGACCAAAAAAAAAAAUGUUUGGUAAUGUAAUGUAAUGUUAAUUUUUUUCAGUGUGAUAGGUCUCAAUUUUGACUUCUUGGCCUACAACCUCACAGGAUUUGUAGCCUAUGGUUUAUUUAACAUAGGCAUGUUUUGGGUGCAUGAGGUUCAGGUUAGUACAGAAUGGUUUGGUUUGUUUGAAUUGGGGGUAGGGGGGUUGGAUGGAGCAGGUAUAGACAAGAAACUAUAUAACAUAAAGAUGUCAAAACCUUUUAAAAAACUAGCGUGGGAAACAAUCAGUUUCAUUGUUGUGGGGAGCACAGAUUUUUAGAGAGAAUUAAGUAUUGAAGUCUUGAUAAUUGUCAGUCACAAGAUAUCUAACAUUAUAAGGUAAUUAAGGACCUGUUUCUGUGGAAGUGGGGAACCCCAGGUAGGUGAGGUAACCCACUUCACUGUGGUCCAAAGCUAGCCCACGUCUACAUAAUUAUAAUCUUUCAACCCCAGAAUUCCCUGCAACCCCGCCCAGGCAGGUUACCCCAUCUUGAGAUGUUUACAUGGCAAAUUAUCUCCCUGGCUGAUAGGGUUACCUUACCCAACAAACAGAGCAACUCUCCAAGGCAGAUUACCACACAUAUCAUGUAAACGUGUAUGAACAAGCUAAAAUAUUGGACAGGUGGGUUACCCCACCUAGGCAUGCACAGGUUACCUCACCUACCUGGGAUCCCUUACCUCCACCUGAACAAACCCUGAAAGUUUGAUGCUAUUGGUAUAAGUAACAACAUGAUUGCAAGACAAUAGUGCAAUUAGUUGUUAACAAGAAAUUAAGACAAAAUGAAAUUUUGACAGCCUAUGCAAGCUAUUUGCGUUACAACUUUGCUCCAGUGUUAAAUGAAAAAUGAGGAAAGCCGAAGAAAUUCUUUCAAAUUUAAUUGGCAGGGAUAAUAAAAAAGUAUUGAAAUUAUAAUUUCUCAUCCUUGUCCCCCUUAGGAAAGAUGAUAUUUACUCUGUUAAAUCUCUCUAUUUUUCAGCGUGAAUAUUUUGCAAAGCACCCUGGAGGAGUCAACCCAGUUCAACCCAAUGAUGUAUUUUUUACUCUCCAUGCCAUUCUUCUUACUACUAUAACAAUUUUUCAGUGUUUCUGUUAUGAGGUAAGUAUUUUGAACUCUUAAUUAUUGCUUAAUUUUUGCUGUUCCAAAAGGGGUAAUAGUGAACAAUGGUUCCCAUUUUCGGCUGUCAGUCAACUGUCGGCCAACACGUUACUGACACAUUGCCAACACACUACCAACAGCUGGGUGACAGUCGGCCAACAAUAUCUUUCAGGAACUGUUCUUCUCUUUUACCCCAAAAGGCACAAUCCAUGAUACAGUUGCUUUGACCCCUUAACACCCAAUUGACUGCGACCAAGACAGAAUCUCUCCUUAGAAUUGAUCCAUACAGCAUCAAGAAGACAAGUGAUAAGAAGGAAGAAAAAUAUCAAUAAAGGGAUUGUUGUUUGAUCCAAAACCAAAUUCUCCAAAUUAAUACCAUAAGUUUGUAUACCAGACAGUAAGGAGAAUUAUCUUGAGAAUGAAAAGGGUUAAAGGUCCUUGUUCAUACUGUUUGUGACUUAACCCAAGGAGCACAACUGAGUGGGAUUCUGAUAAUUUGUAAUAUUUUGCUAACAAACUCUUGCUUAAUAUGCAUUAACAUGAUUAUAUUAACUUUCUUGAUAUUUGUGUUUUAUUUAUCUUUCAGCGUGGAAAUCAGAAAGUGUCUCUGUUAUCUAAGAUCCUACUAAGUGGUACAUGGCUGUUUGCAGCGGUGGCAUUGGUGGUGACAAUUUGCCAUAAAAUUACAUGGCUCACUUAUCUAUAUUAUUUCUCAUAUAUCAAAAUUGGGGUAACUCUCAUCAAGUACAUUCCACAGGUAAAUACAGAAUACAAGAAAGAUUUAAGCAAAUGUGAUUUUUCUUUUUUUUUUUUUUUUUUUUCUUGGCAUGCCAGUAUUUCCUUAAUUUGUUCAUACAAAUAUAACUAUGUCAAAAUGCUAACUAAAAAGAUAAAUAGUUCAUCUUGGUCCAUAAAACUGCCUUAAAAAGAACUUGGCCUGAGUUUUUACUGGGCCACUGUGUUGUGUUCUUAGGCUAAGACACUGUUCUCAUGCACAUGCCUUCCCCUCCCCACCCUAGGUUAUAAAUGGGUUGUAGCGAACUGUGGCAAUAUGAGAGGGGAAGGGUGGUAACUUAUUAUGCCAGACUGGAAUUUCAUCCAAGGGUAGCUAGCAGCAACUAUAACUCUUGGAUGCCUUAUGUUUGAUUUAUUUGGGAUAAAUUUAGGGGGUGAGGUAAGCUUUUAACAAAAUUGUAAGUUAAGCUGCUUCAGUUAGGGGUAGAUUUUAUGGGUGUUGUUAGUAUAGGUGAUUUCUCUCACAAUGUAGUGUUACUAGCGCAAGUAAAUUUUUCACAGACAACAAAAUUGCAUGAUCAACCUGUCUUUGAAAAAUUUGCAACUACUUAUUACAUCAAAUUGCAAGAGAAACCACUUCAUUUCUUAUUAAUAAAUUUACAUGAGAAAACAUAACAGAAAUUCAAGACAGAUGAAAUUUUGAAAGUGUUUACGUGUACAUGCUAUUUGUAAUUAUUUGUACUUGUGCAUAUGCUAUAACUUUGCACUUGUAUGACAUGAAAAUUCACUCGUUUUCAGCCAAUUAGACUCUUGUAAAUUUGUUUCAUGUACAUUAUUAUGAAAAUCAUCAUGAGUGAAAACAAACACCUAGUUAUAUACUAUAGGUAUCUGGUACUAGACCUUAACAUUUCUCAUGAUUGUUACAACCCAAAUGUCUACUCUUUCCUAACAGGCAUGGAUGAACUAUAGACGUCAGAGUACUGUUGGAUGGAGUAUCGGUAACAUUCUCCUAGAUUUUACUGGAGGAUCCUUGAGUAUUCUACAGAUGUUCCUUUUAGCUUACAAUAAUGGUAAGUGCAUGCAUCAUGACAUUUCUUACAUUGCUACCAGUACUUUGCAUGUUGUGGAAAUCACUUCUUUUGUGCCCUUCCACCAAAAAAUUCCUCGCCCCUUUCUCCUUGCCACAAUAUAUUCCUACCCCAUUUUAAUGCAGUAUUUCCUUUCCAGUGUGCCACUAAAUAUUCCUUCCAAAUUCUGCCAGGUAGAACAUGGAAAAGACAUAGAGUUUGAUUUUUAUAUGAUUAUAUAAAAUGUCUAACAAUUUAAAAAUUCUAAUUAUGAUUGCUCCAGUGAUUGUAUGUAUGAGUGUGCUCUGAUUGGUGGAGGACUGCUUCAUAUCCCACUAUUAUCACUUUGCAUGAGGUGAUUAUAGCAGGGGUGCUAAAUUUCAAAAUUGCUGCCUUGGCAUACACCUUAGGCAAAGUGAAUAUUGUUGAAUAAUAGUUGUCAUAAAUAGUUGAAUUACAUGUAUUUAACAAUAUUCACUUUGCAAAUAAUUGUUAUACAAUGUCUCUAGUUUAUUGGAAAUUAUUUUCACCUUUCAAAAUAGGAAAAUCCACAAAGCUUAUAAAGAUAUAUGUUUGUCACUAUAAUGCUUGACCAACAUCUUAUGCUAUUACCACAUUCUUAUUGCUGUUGUAUUUUUGGUUUUUUUAUUCCUUUACACACUGAUAUCAGUUUGCAUAUUCUCCACACUGUACUCUAAUAUUUACUGGGGUGUUGACAAGGAGAACUGGUUAACAAUCAAGAGCUUCUUUAGUUGCAUGGUGAUUAUUUCCUUUAUUCUUGUGACCUGAAUGUCUGAUUUAGGGGUGGUAUUGUAAGGAGAAAUUAGAUGCUGGUUUAAGUCUUAGGGGUCAAAGGGUUAAGUUCCCCUAUAAUAGGAUGAAAACAAUCUCCUUGAAAUGGCAGCAGGGGAGGCCAUGUGAAAACAAAGUAAGCAAGAGGAACUAUAAACAUCUAAAUUCUCCUUACAAUAUUAUCCCUGAAUGACACAUUUAGGACACAAGAAUAAAAGAAAUGAUCAUCAACCAGUGAAGCUCUUCAUUGUUAAAACUAUUUCUCCCUAGCAAAUGUAUAGAGAAAGGCAUGGACAAUAAAUGUAUACUGAUGCUAUAGGGUUACUGCAUGUCAAGCUCCAUGUGUUACUCUUCUGAUAUACUGCAUGUGUUACUUCCCAGAAGUCGUUUACAAGUAACUUCUCCCAACAAUAUCCAUGCAUUAUCUAGUAAACAGGUAAUGAGAAUGCUCAAAUGUAUCAGGUAGAAGUUGUUGUCUUGAUCUAACACCAAAUUCUCAUAAGUUAUUUACAAGGAAUGUGUAACAACUAGAGGGGAGAAUUAACAAUCAGACCUUGGAAGUUAAAUGGUUAACUACCUUCCUUCCUCAAGUCUAAGAAGUGAUUUCGAUCAAGAAAUUUUCAUAUUAUUUUGCAGAUGAUUGGAAGUCUAUAUUUGGUGACUUUACCAAGUUUGGUUUGGGAGCCAUCUCAAUUCUAUUUGAUGUGUUUUUCAUGGUUCAACACUAUUGUCUUUAUGGAUCAAAGCAUCAGAGAUAUGAAGUAAUUGUUGAAAGCAGAGAUCCUAAGGAACACAGUGACAAAGCACUGAACUCUUAUGGAGCAGUUCAUCCAUAGCUUAUUUGUUAUUAGUUUCCCACAUGAUUGGAUAGGUGUAUACUAGGCAGCUUUUUGCACACUUGAUUCUAAAGCAGAAUCAGUCUUUAUUUUGGUACAGUCUCUGUUCAAGGGACAUGAACUGUGAACUGAAAAAAGCUUUCGCCAGCUACUUUUAAUAAAGGGGCAUUGUUGUUCAGGAAUAAUUGUUCAUGAGAUAAUUUCUCAGGGAAGUUGGCUAACAUUCAUAAGCCUCUUUGGUAAAGUCUUACAUAUAAUGAAAUUCAUUUCAAAUUGUAUUCAUAUGACAUAUCAUUCAAUCUCAUGUCAGUCAAAAAGUGAAUACAAAAAUAAAGAAAAAUAUGUAUGCAUGCAUUACUAUUUAAAUAAACGAGGAGGAUAAUUUUUUACAACAUUUCUCCUCAAGGGAUGUCAUGCAGUGAUCAUAUGUGUUUUAUUUAUGUCCAAAAUAUUUUUCAGCUUAGAAAUAAUUUAUCAAGAGCUCAAUAAGAAAAAUGUUAAAGCAAUGACAUGGAUUAUUACAGUUCUAAUUAUUUUUUUAACUACCAGUGUUUAACUUUCAAUUAUCAGUUGAGAAGAUAUAUAUAUAAUACUUUAACUCCAAACAGUUUUUGAUCGCAUUUCCAUGCUUCUCAAAUGUUUGCUAGGUUUGAGUGCAUCCAUGUAAUCAAAUGCAGAUUAUGGUGUUUAAUAUAUUGUUACAUUUUAAUUGUAACUAUAUAAUCAAAAUGGAAUGUGGGAAUAAAAAGGGAU